GACAAAAUCACUGUGUGAUUUGGGUGCUGUUAUUGUUUGCGGGGGUAAAUAAAUAAUUGUUGUGGAGAUGUCGGGGUCCAAGUGUGUUAAACCACCGAGGAAGGCCUACACCAAGGAGCCCAACGAGAUGACACAUCAGGAGAAAUUGAAACUCAUCGAUGAGGAGUUGAAUUCGUUUUACAAGUAUUGCCAGCAGGCGGGGUUCACCGAGGAGGAGAUGGAUAUAAUCUGUCAACCCUUGGUGGCGGCGAUGCGCCGAUCGUGGCUCCAGCUCGUCCUCCGGGCAACGGUGAUCCUCGUGGUGAUCGGCACCGUCGCCUGUGCUGCAGCACAGCUCGACUUCGUUGGUACUCAUCUGUCCGCGAUCACUCGUGUCCUCGCGGUUAAAAUUCUCCCCUUCUGGAACUGGCAGUACCUCUACCGCGAGAACUGCAUGAUGAAUAAUCCAUUCUACAACGAGUACCCGAUCACAGAAGAGGAUUGCGUCACGUGUGAGGCAGUGGAAACGAUAGAUCGUCUGUCCGACGUGCACUACCGUCACUUGGUGGAUAAUUACCUGAACCGAGACGCCCCGGCGAUAAUCACCGACGCCAUGGACUCCUGGGGUGUCAUGAACACCGAUCACUUCUGGUUCGACAACAUAACACACCUGUACCUCGGGAACGAGCGCCUGAUGGAGACGGUUCCCUGUUCGUUGACCUCGAACCUCCGGACUGGCUCCUCAGACCUCGCGGCUUUCCUCCGGAGGGUUCACUCCCCUGAGGUGGCUAAAUGGUUCGUCCACUGGCAGAAUUGUGACAUCAACGCGGUGAAGGUCCUGAGGAAAUACUAUCAGCGCCCUUAUUUCCUCUCCAGUACUGUCUCACCUGCACACUUCAACUGGGUCCUCAUGUCCUCGGAUUACAACAGCCCGAGUUAUAAAAAAGUCGAGCUGGACUCCGGCCUGAUCGCCCUGGCACAACUUCGAGGCGCCACCCAGCUCAGACUCACUCCUAUCAAUCCGUGCAACAGCUCCUGUCCGGAAUUAAUUGCAGAUCUUCAUCGAGGGGAAAUGUUGGUUUUUACCAAUCUCAUGUGGAAUCUGGAAUACGCACCCAUGAGAGGUCUGGACAAUAUUGCGAUCCUGACUGAGACAGUGUGGGACGAGGAUCCAUAAAAAAAUCAUUAAAAAAUCAAUUAACAGCAAUGAAAAAUUUGCAACUCAACAAAAAAACUCGAUGUUCAUUACCUCUCUGUACUCACCCCAUCCCCUUUCGACUCUCAAAAAAAAAAAUUCAAACUUCUAAACCCAUGUAGAGUAUUAAAAACUCGAUAACAUGAAUAAAAAAUAACGCAA